AUGCCCUCUCCACCUUCGUCAAAGAUCCAUCUGCUCACCCCUCCAGAGCCAGGCAAAAAAGCUGCAUCUAGAACGUACAUCAUCUACUUCCUGACCGGAAAUCCCGGCCUGGUGGAGUACUACCGCACAUUCCUGACCCACUUGUAUGGCUUGCUAAGCCGCGACACGGCAUCCAGUCGCGAUGUUGAGUUUCAGGUGUACGGAAGGAGUUUCUCGGGUUUCGAGAUGAACACAUCGGAUAUCAAAACGAUGAAGUGGCGCAAACAGCCGCCGUAUGGUCUGCAAGAUCAAAUUAGACAUGCGGAAGAGGAUGUUGUAGAGGUAGUAGAGGAAGCCAAAGAGCAGGGAGCAAGAGAUGUGAGGGUGGUGUUGGUGGGUCAUUCAGUCGGGUCGUACAUUUCGCUGGAGAUUAUUCGCAGGUUAAGAGCGCAUGGCAUGGCGGGAGAAGAUUUCGACACCAAGAUUGUGGGAGCAGUGGGCUUGUUUCCUACCGUUGUGGAUAUCGCGAGAAGCGAGAGUGGGAUGAAAGCGAGUCCCUUCCUCAAAAACUCCAACUUCGCUACUUUUGCCUCCAUAUUAGUUAGCUUUUUGACCUGCUUUCUCCCGGUAUCACUCAUUGCGAUGCUUGUCGCAAAAUUCAUGGACUUCCCAGAAGAUGCAGCGCACACGACAGCCUCUUUCGUCAAAUCACCCUUCGGCAUACAGCAAGCCCUCCACAUGGCACGGGAUGAGAUGUUCCAAAUCGACACCGACAUCUGGGAUGAAGAUAUCUGGGGCGCCACCACUCCGUCCCAGCACCCACACCCCCGCCCUCUGCUGCGUUUUUUGUUUGCUCGACAGGAUCACUGGGUUGCUGACUCAACAAGAGAUGCACUUAUUAGCAGUCGUGGUAGGUACCAGGGAGCUGUUGAGGAAGUUGGGGGUAUGGGUGAGAGCUGGAAGCCUGUAAUGGAGAUUGAUGAGAGGGAGGGUUGGCCGCAUGGGUUUUGUAUCAGACAUGGUGUUCCAGUUGCGGAGAAAGCGGCUGGGUAUGUGAAAGAUAUCGUGGGGCAAGAUUUGCAGAAGUGAUACCUCGUAGGACCGAGGUGCAAAACUGAGAAGGUUCAAUGCAGCAAGUAUGUACAGAAUAAAGUAUAAGAGAUAGGAAGUAUGGGCCAAUCAAGAACUAGUUAAUUAAGGGUAGAACUCUUACCUGAGUAAACUCGAGGGAUGCAUGGGGUUGGAUCGCAGUUAGAAGUCAGAUUAGUCGGGGCCUAGAAGGCAGGAGACCAGCAAUUUACUAGGCUGAAUGUAUUCACAGUACUUGUGGUAAGCCAAUAGCAAGCAUAUAACCUGGCGAAUGUAUCCAGGCUACAC